GAGAGAGAGAGAGAGAGAGAGAGAUGAAGGAGCCGAGCGCGUCAGCGAGCGAUCCCCGGCAGCCGGCGGCGGCGAAGGUGUACGUGCCGCCGGCGGUGGCCCCUCAGGACAUGCCCUUCGACUAUUCCGGCUUCUUCGCCGUCAUCUUUGGAGUCGCCGGCUUCAUGCUUCGGUACAAGAUUUGCUCAUGGCUGGCUAUCAUAUUUUCCGUUCAGGCCAUUUCAAAUAUGAAGAAUUUUGAAAAUGAUUUUAAGCAGAUAUCUAUGGCUAUGAUGUUUGGGAUCAUGGGAUUGGUGGCAACUUACUUAGGCCCUGCGAGGCCGGCCAAGACCCAGAGCUGAUAUUUCAGGCAUGUCGCAGGGAAUGAAAAAUGAAGGAGCAGAGUGAAUUACUGGUUCUAUACCUGCUAGAGAGUCAAAAGAGUUUUUUAGCUUAAUAUCUAUGUUUAAUUGCAGACAUUGUGAAUUUUGAAUGUGUCCUAUGUGGAAUUUUUAUGCUGCAGUUUGCUUUAUUUUGGCAAAUAUUGAGUAAAACCGGUGGUUCUUUUCAUAAAUUUAUCUGUUCUUUGUUAGGUUAUGUUUUUCA